GCCUCAAAGCGCCCACACUUUUGAACCGGACGUCGCAGUCUCUAUGACACGACACGUGCCGCCUCAAUCUCCUUCCCCCUCUCUCUGAUUGAAGCUGCGUCGUACCAAUCGCAGGGUAGCCCGUUACCAGCACACCAAAACACGCGCUCUUUUAGAGGCUGGUUCGGACUUACCUCGGGAGCGGGUCCGAUCUUGGUGGCCACAAACCUGGGAACCACCCCACGACUGCUGUGUGGACGGGGCCAUCCGUAGGGCCCCUGCUAUUCGUUCCACCACGUGGAUCAUUGAUCUGGUAGGACCAUCAUGAGCGACGGUGGUGGUGGUGGUGGCGGCAAUCAUUUGAUCUCUGUUCAUCCCGAUGAGCUUAAGUUUCCAUUUGAACUGGAAAAGCAAAGCUACUGUGAUCUUAAAGUUGCAAACAACACGGAACAUUAUGUUGCUUUUAAGGUUAAAACCACUUCACCCAAAAAGUACUUUGUGCGGCCCAACACGGGUGUUAUACAGCCUUGGGACUCAUGUCUCAUAAGAGUCACCCUCCAAGCACAGAGAGAAUGUCCUCCAGAUAUGUAUUGCAAAGAUAAAUUUCUCUUGCAGAGUACAAAGGUGCCUCCACAUAGUGAUGUUGAUGAACUUCCACAGGAUACUUUUAACAAGGACAGUGGAAGGGCAAUAGAGGAAUGCAAACUUAAAGUUGUGUAUAUCUCUCCAGCUUCAGCUCAAACAAACUCAGAAGAUCAAGCAUUAAUGGGAACCACAGAGAGUCCUAAUCCCAAUUCUAACCAGGCUUUGCAGUUGCUGAAGGCUGAAAGAGAUGCAGCAGUUCGACAAACACAGCAGCUACAACAAGAACUGGACAUGCUGAAGAGACGAAGAUCUCGAAAAAGUGACAAUGGCUUCUCACUCACCUUUGCAAUAUUUGCGGCACUCAUUGGCAUUAUGGUUGGCUUCCUUAUGAACCUUUCAUUGUUCUCAUCAUCUGCAGAAUGACUCAAUACUUUCCAGGAUUCAUGAGACCCCCUUUCUUAUCUGUGCACUGUAUAAUUUCAAAGCUCGGUUGGAUGGGAAUUUGCCUAUUUUGUAUAUUGGUCAUGGUAAAACUGUUGUGAUCAGUUGGUUCACAAAAGAUGUUCCCUUUCCAUCAACAGGUUACUCCCAAUGUGAUAGCGAAAAUCUGUUUUUUUUUUUUUUUUUUAGGUGAUAGUGAAAAUCUGUUUAAUCCCAAAUGUUAAUAACCCCACCAUCCCCAUUAUUUUUCCUCCUAUUUUUUUCCCUUUUUGUUAUGUAAUGAUGCUACUCUCAUUGAACCUUUUGGCCGUCUUUUUAGUUUUUAUAGCUCAACUGAUAAAAUAAAGGUAAGAAUGUGGCCUUUAA